CGACGACGUGCUGAGAAGAUAAGCAGAGUUCUAUCUCAUCGUGUCUGCCGACAUCGCACAGACAUGGUGACCCAUUUCUGGCACCAUUGCUUACAAUAUGGACACUUUCCACGUUUUGCGGGCCGUCUUAUUUGGGUUAUUUCAUCUCUGUUUAUACGAGUCUAACGUCUGGUCAUUCUUGCUUGAUGGACCCACAGGUGAUUUAAUUAAACAUGUUAUAAGUGAUGAAUCAGUGUUUCUUGCAAAUCAUAAAAUAUGAAUAAAUUUAUUGGUUACUAAAAAAAAUUAUAUGCAUACAAGAAAAAAAUGAAAUAUUAUGCAGUUAAUAUUUGUUGGUAUUCUACUUCACCCGUCAUUUUUAUUCAUGAACAAUGAGUAAAGAAGAAAACGAAAAGGUCGAUCAAACCGUUGCUGUCAUUAGAUCACCUUUCCCACCCACAGAAUUAAAUACACAUGAUAGACAAGUAAGUUAUUUAGUGGUGUAUAGACUUUCUGAAGGUUUGUACCAUGAUGCUCGAGUAAGUUAAUUGCAGUAGGUAAAGGCAAUCUGUCCAUUUUCUUUAGACAACAUGUAAGAAGGUAAUUUUUCAGGGCCAUUUCGACAAGCCAACCACCUCCUUAUCCACUCAGAUGCUUAGGUAGAGGGUUUGAAGCCCCAGGAUAAGAUAUAUAUUUUGAAACCACUUUUAAUUCUGAAACCUAUUAUUUUCAUCAAUGACAUUCCAUCAAUGUCCAUUUUGGAAUCCCUAACUAGUCUGGCACUUAGGAACAUCCGCUCCACCCGCCAAGACCUUUACUAUGCCACUGAAUCUACUUGCAUACUGACUCAUGCUUCACUUUCUCUCACCCUCCUGGACCACUUUACCAAAAACUCUUGGUCCACUUACCCACAACUUCCUGUUCAAAAUUGCCCACAACAUCCUUAUCCACUGAGCUAACACUUCCUAGUCCACUUACCUAUCACCUCCUGGUCCACUUACCUACCACCUCAUGUUCCACUUUCCUACCAUCUCCUGGUCCACUUACCUACUUGCUCUCCCGGUUCACUUACCUACCACCUCCUGGUCCACUUACCUACCACCUCCUAGUGCACUUACCUGUCACCUCCUGGUCCAAUUAUCUACCACCUCCUUGUCUACUUACCUAUCACCCCCUGGUUCACUUACAUACCACCUCCUUGUCCACUUUCCUAUCAACCCCUGAUUCACUUACCUACCACCCCCUGGUCCACUUACAUAUCACCUCCUGGUCCACUUACCUACCACUUCUUGGUUCACGUAGUCCAUUUGCUCCAUAUGAUGUCCCCUAAUUUUCAUCGUUUUGAUGAAAACAACAUUUGUUCCAUAUCAACUGAUGUGCAUAGAAUUUUGAAAACAAUAACCCAUCUUACUGGUAGAUCCUGGUCAAGUGUGGAUAAGGACAGAUCCUUUAUCUGUCAAUGUCAACAGUAAGUUCACAUUCACUAAAAAAAAAGUUGAAUGAUUUGCUGUAUCAACUGAUCAAAAAUGUCAUCAGUAUUUAAAAAAACAACGACAUUACAAUCAACUUUCUUAACUGACAUUUGAAUAGCACCAUGUCCCAGUCCAACAACAACAACAACAUUAUAAUCAACUUUCUUAACUGACAUUUGAAUAGCACCAUGUCCCCGACCAACAACAACAACAUUAUAAUCAACUUUCUUAACUGACAUUUGAAUAGCACCAUGUCCCCGACCAACAACAACAACAUUACAAUCAACUUUUUUAAAAGACAUUUGAAUAGCACCAUAUCCCCGACCAACAACAACAACAUUUUAAUCAACUUUCUUAAAUGACAUUUGAAUAGCACCAUGUCCCCGACCAACAACAACAACAUUAUAAUCAACUUUCUUAAAUGACAUUUGAAUAGCACCAUAUCCCCGACCAACAACAACAACAUUACUAUCAACUUUCUUAAAUGACAUUUGACUAGCACUAUGUCCCCGACCAACAACAACAACAUUAUAAUCAACUUUCUUAAAUGACAUUUGAAUAGCACCAUAUCCCCGACCAACAACAACAACAUUACUAUCAACUUUCUUAAAUGACAUUUGACUAGCACUAUGUCCCCGACCAACAACAACAACAUUAUAAUCAACUUUCUUAAAUGACAUUUGAAUAGCACCACGUCCCCGACCAACAACAACAACAUUACUAUCAACUUUCUUAAAUGACAUUUGAAUAGCACCAUAUCCCCGACCAACAACAACAACAUUUUAAUCAACUUUCUUAAAUGACAUUUGAAUAGCACCAUGUCCCCGACCAACAACAACAACAUUAUAAUCAACUUUCUUAACUGACAUUUGAAUAGCACCAUGUCCCCGACCAACAACAACAACAUUAUAAUCAACUUUCUUAACUGACAUGUGAAAAGCACCAUGUCCCCGACCAGCCACGCACUGCAUGCUAGAAACAUUCAACGUGGUUGUACAAGACUUGGGUUGCUUGGGUUGUCAGACGGGCUGCCAACCUGGAUACAUUAUGACGGCCAACGCGAGGUAUUACGUCACCACCGGGAGCCUCGUCGGACACUACGACUACAAGGGGAUAUUGAUAGACAACUCCAAGAACGUGUAAGCAUGCAUUGAUACCUGAAUGUAGUCAUAAAGACAGCUGAAAUGAAGCUGUUGGGAUAAAGCUAACACGCGGAUGUUGGGAUAAUUAAAGGGUGUAGAGACUGUGUAUGAGAUGUAUUCACAGUAUUACCUUUUAAAAUAUUAACAAUAAAAAUAAUAGUGAUGAUGAUAAUAGUAAAUACUGGAAAUAAAAAUUUGUUUUUAAGGCAAAUCAACCAAUGUUUCAAGGAGUAAAACUUAAUGAUCGCAUUCUCAUUUUAAUGUAUUUGUAACCAUUAUUUUAGAGUUACCUUUAAUCAGACUUAAAUUUGAAACAUACACAAGAAAUGGUAUUGGAUAUUUGCCACAAUAUUAGCCUUGCCCUCUGUAAUAACGUUGAUACCUUCCAGGCAAUAAUGAAGCUAAACUAAAAUUCCACGGACUCAUUCAGUCAACAAACAAUGACAUUUUAAGAGUCAUCAUCCUUGUUUUAAACGUGAGGAUAGAGUUCACGAUUUUAACAUUUUUCUAAUACGAUCAAGAUCGUAGAGUAUUUUUUAUACAAUAAAUAUUAUAACUAUUUUUUUCAUGUACUUUUUUUUCCAAUAUCUUUAUCUUUUUGUGAGGUGGACAUGUGAUUUAUAUCAGCCUUUAUAAAAAAACAUACUCUUCUUCUUCUUUCUUCUUCUUUAUUUUGAGGGCCCACCAUCAAUGAAUUGAUCAUUCUGGCUCCUAUACUACUCUACUCUACUUACACUGCUAUUUUUAUCAUCCAUAUUCAAUUGAUAGAAAUAAUCAUUCUUAAAAUAAAGAAAAACAUAUUUCUUUUAGGUAAUUUAAAUAUGUGAUGUAGCUUAAGUGGUGCCUUAUUUGUAACGCAUUGAAAGUAAGAGGAGCAGCGAAAUAUAAUGAAACUAAAAUGAGAUUAUGUCAUAUUAUUAUAUCUUACCGUGACUCUAAAUAGUUAUUCGAAAUUAUGAGGCUUGUUUUGAUCUUACAUGCCUGUACGCAUUUUCGAAGACAGGCAAGUGGCAACAGUCUAGUGACUAAGGAGUAGUGAUGAAAUCAACGAUACUGAUAUCUUUAUUUAUCUCUGUUUGUGUAAUAUGUAGAGAUUAGCAAGUGUCAGUGCACACAAGUUUGAGAUGUCAGAAAAUCUAUAUGUAAAAUUUUCGAAAGCAUUUCUCGUUAACGGUUGUAGUAUUUUGACAGUUGUAGAAUGUUGACGGUUGUAGAAUGUUGUUGACGGUUGUAGAAUGUUGACGGUUGUAGAAUGUUGACGGUUGUAGAAUGUUGACGGUUGUAGAAUGUUGAUGGUUGUAGAAUGUUGAUGGUUGUAGAAUGUUGAUGGUUGUAGAAUGUUGAUUAUUGUAGUAUUCAGUUAGCCCAUACCAGCUGUCUCAAAAACAGUAUUUCGGAGAAAAAUGGAAUGAGUUGGAUAAACAAAAAAUACAUAUACGUCUUAGCAUUACAUUUAUGUCUUCCUUAUAAUCCCCAGGUCAGAGCCCCAGUGGCUUUGUGAGCCCGGAACAACGUGCCCCUGGGGCCACUUCCUGGAUAAAAUGGGAUCCAUCGAGUCAUGCUCAUGUACGCCAAAUGCCAAAUGUCGGCAAUAAGUCAAAUAACUUAUACUUUUACAUCCAACGGCAUUAAUUCAAAUAUAGUAUACUUUACAUCCACCCUAACAAAACCAAAUCACCAAAUGCCUAAAACUUAAGAAAUACUACUCAAGGUGUGACUGCUGUAUUAUUUGUGCUGCUUUUUAUUCCUGUUUUUUAUUUUUCAUUUUACUUUAACUGUAAUUUACAUACUUUCCCGGUUACCAGUUUUGGGAUGUACGGUUUCUGAAUCUUGUCUUAGUGUUGCAUUUGUUCAAAAUAUUUAACCUCACACAAAAAUAUGGGGAUAUAUUUGUAGAUGAUCAAAUUUAUUAUUAUUUUUUUUAAUGGCAUACUAUCAAGUUUAUAACAUCGAUGUCUGGUGAAUUAAAUAUAACUACAUGGUAAUUGUGAUACAAGAAAUUACCCCUCCCUCCCCCUGCCCUUCACAGACUGCGGUCAAGGUUGCCAGACCUGUCAGAGUUUUUCCAAAUGCGACGGGUGUAUCUUGGGCUUCCGUCUUACCAAGACGACCCUAGCUAACGGCAAUGAGGAAUCUCAUUGCGCCACUUCAGGGAGUAAGUGAUGCAAACACUUUUUUUUUUUGCAACUGAAAAGUUCUUCUUGAAUUCUUAUUUUAAAAAAAAAAUAAAAUAAAACAAAUCAUAUGAAAUACGCAUUGGUAAAGUAAAAACGUGGCAGUAUUAUUUGCGCCAUCAUGCUUGUAGCAUGAUGUGACAUCUAGAUAACUUGAGUUGUUUGUGGUAUUGAUUUUGUAGAGUUCAUCAAGGUCCCGUCUCUUUCAAGGCCUCACAUUUUUCAAGACCCCAUUUCUUUCAAGACACCAUCUCUUUGAAAACCUUCUCUCUUUAAGACCCCACCUCUUUCAAGACCCUCCCUAUUUCAAGACCUCAUUUCUUUCAAAACCCAUCUUUUUCAAGGUCCCAUCGUUUUCAAGACCCCCACCUCUUUCAAGACCCUAUUUCGUUCAAGACUCCACCCCUUUCAAGACCUCAUUUCUUUUAAAACCCAUCUCUUUCAAGGUCCCAUCUCUUUCAAGACCCCAUUUCUUUCAAGACCCAACCUCUUUCAAGACCCCAUUUCUUUUAAAACCCAUCUCUUUCAAGGUCCCAUCUAUUUCAAGACCCCAUUUUAUUCAAGACUCCACACCUUUCAAGACCCCAUUUCUUUUAAAACCCAUCUCUUUCAAGGUCCCAUCUUUCAAGACCUCAUUUCUUUCAAGGCCCAACAUCUUUCAAGACCCCAUCUAUUUAAAAACCCAUCUCUUUCAAGACCCCAUUUAUUAAAAAAAAACCCAUCUCUUUCAAGGUCCCAUCUCUAUCAAGACCCCAUGUUUUUCAAGGCCCCGUCUUUUCAAUGUUACAUGUUUCAAAUGAACCCCUAAAUCUGCAAGCCCCGAUGGACACUUUAUUUCGCUUGUAUUUUGUCUUCAGUCCCGUGCCCAAACCCACCAGACCACUGCCAGCACGAUGUCUAUGCAAACGCCGUAGUGGGAUGCCAGGGUUGCAUAUUCUGUGAAGAUGGCUACCUGCCCACUGUCAACCGUUACUACAGACGUAGUCCCCAGAACAAGACGUCCGACUACGUCUAUAAAGGGCUAACCAUUUCUGGAACCAUAGACAUGUGAGAUGCUACUUUUAUAUCAUCUCUUAUAUAUAUUUUUUGCUUCUGGUGCGUCCUGCUUCCUAUUCGGAACCGCCGCCCACCCCAAGCACCACAUGUUUUAUAUAAACAGUACUGACAGAAAAAAGGCUGUCACGCAGCUAGCGUCAUACGUGACGGUUGAACUUCGGAAAAUAUGUUGAUUUUUUUUCUUUAGGAGGAGGCGACUAUUAUAUUAAUCAACGAGGGGCCAUUGGCAUGUUGUAGGAAUAUCUGUAGGACUGUCUGUUGGACUAUUGUUAAAAGGCCUGCAGGUAGGGGGUAGGAUUGUGUAGGACUGUCUGUAGGACUAUUGUUUAAAGGCUGGCUGGUAGGGUGUUGAAAUAUCUGUAGGCCUAUUGUUUAAAUGCCGUCAUGUAUUAUAGAAAAUGAGAAGUUAACUCUCUUUUUUGUAACACUUGGACCCUACGGGUAUUUUCUAUUGAAAAAACAACAACAAAAAACUGGGACCUUGUGUUAAAAAUUACUGCACUGGUUGAGCUCUAGUAUUUUAUAUUAUGUAACGUAACUAAACAUUUAUUUACACUACGAGAAUUCCGACAUGUACUAUAAAAACCUCCCGCCUUGGACUUUUGGACUCCCUGCAAAGCAUCUGAAGACUAGCAAGGAUGACAUUAAAUUGACCCUAGAGUCGGUAACAACGCCUUGUUAAGAACUGACUCCAACCUCACUUAACAGGACGUCUAUUGUGGGUAGCUGGUGGGGAAAUUGGGGCGGGCUGGGUCAGUUUGGCAAUGUGGUGGCAGAUGAAUUGGAGAAAAUCGAUAAUAUGAAAUGGGCAUUUUACCCCACAGAAAACUAUGUCAAAAAAUCCUCUUGUGUAGUAUUUUAACUUGUGAAAUUUUGAAAUGAAGGAAAAUCAUGUGUAUUUCUUGCCAUAACUUUGUUUCUUUUCAUCAGCACUACACUUUCUUUACGUUUAUAUCCUUACUGGAUUUUCGUAAUUCUUCCCCCAUCCAUUCCCCAUUCUUUCCUGCCUCUAUUUAUCCUUCUGCCAAUCACAUUCUAUGAACCCGUCACAAAUUAAUUUUUUUGUAUUUGAUGUUUUCCUUUCUUUCCAUUAGUAUAUCAAUGAAUGCCUCAUAGACCUCUGUUCAGUUCAUCACCUCAUUAAAUUUCCCAUAAUGACUUUAUUAUGCCAAUUGUCUACCAGAAGUUUUCGAAGUUAUCCAAUUAUAUCGGAAUCGGACAUCAGUUUCCCAAUUUUCUUCUUUACAAACUCUCAACAUCUCCCAAUCAUGGUCUAAGAUAGUGGUCGGCAAAUCGCUUUUCGCGAGCCACAUGCGGCUCUUUAAGGACCUGAGUGCGGCUCACCCAGUCGACCACAAAUCGGUUUUGACUCCGAAAAACAUUGAUCUUGACAGGUUCUCAAAAAAGUGUAAUCGUCCUGCUGCGGAUUGUUUGCUCUCUUGUAAUCAUCUGUUUGCCUACCACUGGUUAAACCAAAUACAUUUAUUUAUGUAUGUUCUCUUUAGAUUAUAUUUUGUACCCCGCUCUCUUUCUCGCAGUCUCUCUCUCUCUCCCUAACUCCUCUCUCUCUCUCACUCCCUCCCUCCCUCUCUACCCGUCUUUUUACUCUCAUUUCAAGUGUCAGGUCCUCAAGUAAAAAAGAAGAAGAGAUUUGACGUUAUUAUCUAAUUUUGAAACUGAGGUUGAAAUGUUAAAUCAAUAUUUCACUCAAUACAGAAACAACGGAAUUGCAAUUUCUGUGGAACAAAAUUGGGAGAGAGAGAGAGAGAGAGAGAGAGAGUGAGAGAGAGAGAGAGAGAGAGAGAGAGAGAGAGAGAGAGAGAGAGAGAUCUAUUAAAUAUAUCACUCAAUACAGAAACAAAGGAAUUGAAAUUUCUGUGGAACAAAAAUGGGAGAGAGAGAGAGAGAGAGAGAGAGAGAGAGAGAGAGAGAGAGAGAGAGAGAGAGAGAGAGAGAGAGAGAGAGAGAGAUCUAUUAUCAAAUAUGUGAUUUAAAAUUACAUUUGAAACAAAAGUGUAAACAUAAACUGCCAAAAAAAUGUCCUCUAGAGACCGUAGCCGAGUAUAUAAAUAACCUUGUUGUGUAGGUAACUGCAAAGUAAUUACAGAAAUGAAGCGAUUCGUUUCUCUUGUUUUUACAAUUCUUUCAAUUGAAAUUUUUUCUCUCUCUCUAUCGCUCUCUCUCUCUCUCUCUAUAUAUAUAUAUAUAUAUAAUAUAUAUAUAAAUUAUAUAUAUAUGUAUAAAUUAUAUAUAUAUAUAUAUAUAUUUAUAUAAAUUGUAUUUAACUCUUCCCCAUCUCUCUCCCUCUCUACACCCUUCCAUACCCUUUACUCUUCUAUACUCUUCACCGCCAUAACUACUCCUAUGCUCUACUCUCCACUCUGCUGUACCAUCCGCGACAGCUACGCCCUUCACUCUGCCAUUAGCUCCACGCUGCUAUACCCUUCCCCUCCAACAGGCUUUCCUCUGACCCUCCACAACCACGCCUAUGUUGUACUUCUUAUAAUUUAAAAACGUUACUUCGAAAUGAUAACUUAUUAUUAAUUUCACAAAUAAAAGUUUAUUUUAUUUAAAAAUACAAUAAACUCUCUACAUUUUUGUCUCCUUCACAUUUAACCCCAAAACAACCAUCAACUCGUGAGAAUAAUUGAUCUCUUUUAUUCGAUUUUAUAACGACCCCCCCAGUUAAGGGCAGCGUCGAGUUGAUUGGAAGUGAAAUAGGGGAGACUGUUCUUUUUUUCUCUUUUUUUUUAAAUAGAUGCCCUUAGCGUGUAAUAGGCAAAGGCUGCUUCAACUACUGUCUGUGGAGAGUGAAAAUAUCGACCUUUUGUUGACCUUCUGACUGGAAUCUCAUGUUCGCUGCUAGUCAGUUUGCUUUCUAGUCAGUUAGCUUCUAGUCAUUUUGCUUCUAAUCAGUUAGCUUCUAGUCAGUUAGCUUUUAGUCAGUUAGCUUCUAGUCAGUUAGCUUCUAGUCAGUUUGCUUCUAGUCAGUUUGCUUCUAGUCAGCUUCUAGUCAGUUAGCUUCUAGUCAGUUAACUUCUAGUCAGUUUACUUCUAGUCAGUUAGCUUCUAGUCAGUUUGCUUCUAAUCAGCUAACUUCUAGUCAGUUAGCUUCUAGUCAGUUAGCUUCUAGUCAGUUAGCCUCUAGUCAGUCAGCUUCUUGUCAGUUUCCAUUCUGUUAGCUUCCAGUGAGGUGAGUUAGCUUCUGGUCAGUUAGCUUCCAGACAGUUGCUAGUCAAUUAGCUUCUAGUCAGUUAGCUUCUUGACAAUUAAUUUUCAUUCUAUUAGCUACAAGUGAGUUAGCUUCUAGUCAAUUAGCUUCUAGUCAGUUAGCUCCAAGUCAGUUGCUAGUCAGUAAGCUUUUAGUCAGUUAACUUCUUGACAGUCAGCUACUAGUCAAUUAUCUUCUUGUUAUUUAACUUCCACAGUCAGCGUCUAGUCAGUUAGCUUCCACUCAGUUCUCCUUCAGUAAGUUAGCGUUCAGUCAGCUUCCAGUCAGUUAGAUACCAAAACUAAGACCAUCGGUGAACGCUCCUUCUACUUCCAUGGGCCCACGUUCUGGAACCAGCUCCCCUUCCAUAUCCGUCAUUGUGAAACCUCGUCCACUUUUAAAAAGUCCCUUAAAACCCAUCUGUUUAGGUCCGCCUAUGACCUGUGAUGCACCCUCCUUGCCCUGCCUCAUUUUCUGUCUCGGGUUGAUCCUGUAGUAUAGGCCAAACGUGCCAAAGUGUCCUCGUUUUAUAGCCAUUUUAAUUGUUUCUAUAGUAUAGUAGUUACUAUCUAGUGUCUCAUUUUCAUUUUACUUAGUUUACAUGUUUUUAAUAAUUGUAAAGCGCUUAGAGCUUUAAGGUAAGCGGUAUAUAAAAAUGCCUAAAUAAGUAAAUAAAUAAAUACCAGUCAGUUAGCUUUCAGUAAUUUUCCAGUAAGUAAGCUUCAAUAUAGUUAGCUUUUAGUCAGUUAAAUUCCAGCCAGUUAAACUCCAGCCAGUUAGCCUCCAGCCAGUUAACUUCCAGCCAUUUAGCUUCUGUCAGUCAGCUUCCAAAAAGUCAGCAUCCAGUCAAAUAACCUGCAGUCAGUUAACUUCCAGCCAGUUAGAAUCAAGUCACUUAGAUUCCAGUAAGUUAGAGUCUAGUCAGUUAGCUUCAAGUCAGCUUCAUGCCAUUUUGCAUCCAGUCAGCUAGCUUCUAGUCAGUUAGCUUCUAAAAUGGCUAUAGCCUUAAAAGCAGUUAUUUUCAUUGGGCGGUGAAAUUGAUCAUGUAUAGAAAGAGAAAUAUUGAGAGAUCAUGAGUCAGUGUGUGUAACAGAGAAAUAAAUAGACAAAAAGGAAGAAAGAGAGAUAAGAGAGAUAGAGAGAUAAGUGAUAUUACAUAGUUAGAGCGAUUAAAAAAUAGUUGACAUAGAUUUGUAAGAGUGACUUUAAAGAGAUAUUAGCAAGAGAUUCGUGUGUGAAAUUAGAGAAAUAAGAAACAGUGAAAGAUAUAUUAGAAAGAGAUUAGUGGGUGAAAGAAGCUAAGAAACAGUGCGAGAUAUGUUAGAGAGAGAUAGUUAAGUGGGUGAAAUACGAAACAAUGGUAGAGAUAUUAGAGAUACGAAGGUUACAAAAAUAAAUAAAAACACAAAAACCAGAAAGAUUUGGAGAAUUAAAUAAAAUCUACAAUUGAAGAAUCAAGCGAAAAAAAAAAUAAGCUGUACAUGAUCUAAUGGUUCUUCACUUGAAUCUCCAUAGCAACGAGCCACGCUACGUGUGUGUACAGGGACGGACUUGCCCAGUGGGUUAUCACAACGUCAGCAGGGGCAAUCUCAUGACAUGCGAAGGUAAUUGCAGUGUUAUCUCGUUAUCUCCCCUUGCCAUCUUUGGACUAUCAAUAUUUCUGUCCGUCACAUCCUGUCAUGACGUUACGACUUUUGUGUCUUGUACAGACUGUCAUGACGUUACGACUUUUGUGUCUUGUAUAGACUUUCAUGACCAUACGACUUUUGUGUCUUAUUCAGACUUUCAUGACGUUACGACUUUUGUGUCUUUACAGACUUUCAUGACGAUACGACUUUUGUGUCUUGUACAGACUUUCAUGACGUUACGACUUUUGUGUCUUGUACAGACUUUCAUGACGUUACGACUUUUGUGUCUUGUACAAACUUUCAUGACCAUACGACUUUUGUGUCUUGUACAGACUUUCUUGGCGAUAGGCAUUUUUUGUUUUGUUUUGUGAAGACUUUCUGUAGCUUUGUGACAUGAUGCACAAGAAAGUUAAUUAGCCUUGUACAGACUGUCUUUACCCUUAUGACACAAUGCACAAUUUAAGAAGUCUUGUACAGGUUUUCUAUAGUUUUCAGCCACGAAGCAAGCACAAAUAAGUUAAUUAGUCUUAUACAGAAUUUCCUUAGCUUUUAGCCGCUAUGCACAAUUAAGUCAAUUAGUCUUGCACAUAAUUUCUUUAGCUUUUAGCCGUUAUGCACAAUUAAGUCAAUUAGUCUUGUACAUAAUUUCUUUAGCUUUCAGCCGUUAUGAACAUAUAGGUCAAUUAGUCUUGUAAAGAAUUUAUUUAGCUUUCACCCGUUAUGAACAAUUAAGUCAAUUAGUCUUGUACAGAAUUUCUGUAGUUGUGUGCCUUGAUGCAUACGUCAGUUAAUUCGUCUUGAACAGGCUCUCUUUAGCUUCCAGCCAUGCUGCACGACUAAGUUGAUUCGCCUUGUACAAACAUUGCUGUAGCUGUGUGACAUGCUUGACAAAUUUUCACGCCUCUUAAGUCAGAUUUUAAAACUUAUGGACUGCAAGACGGCGCUGGCCCUUGACGUCAUGAAUCCAUACACAAUAAGCUCAUUCACCCAUACCAAUUAUCCCCAUUCAACCCCACCUAAUGUCUCACCCAUCCACCCCAAAUAUAACCUUCUUUCAUAAUCCAAUUACCGUUUGUAUUAGAUUUUGUUAAAAAGACUCUCAACAUAAGUAUUUACUAUACUUUUAUGCGUACCCUUUAUUGAAACUAUGUGUUAAAUGUCUUUACUAAAUCUUGACUUUAUCUAAACAGCCGAUUUACAAGUUGGUUAAUCUUAUUAGUGGAGCUGGCUAAUGUGUGAACAGUUUGCAGGACAAGGCGCUUGAUAUAUUGGACUAAAAUUUGUGAUAUUGUCUAAGUUUAAUAAACAUGCCGUGUUGCCACUUUU